GGGCGUUAAAUUUGGCGUCAGUGAUUGGUUCAAUUGCCCUGCGACAGUUUACGAGCCUAUAGCGGAUGAUGGAAAUAUGUUAUUUAAUUAAGGACGUGAUUUUAUGAAACGUUGUCACCGAAGAAUACAGAGCACAGACGGGUGUAUUUAUUGGCGACUGAAGCGUGUACGGAAACAAACACUCGCGUUCAUGAGUGCUGACGAAGAAAUUUAACUCAAUUCGUAACUUAACAUCGACGGAAAUCUUUUAGAAUAAUUUACAACGACUUAGGCACAUUUAAAGUAAUUAAUCAUGAACUACAUGUACCACGUGACCUGUGUGCAAAUUCUGUUCGUUUUGACAGCACACCUAACGGACGCUCGGGACCUUAGGGACUUACCGGAAGUGGCUCCUAACACAGGCGUGCUGCUUUCUGCGCUAUGCAUCGAGGACGGGAUCCUUCGACCAGAGUGUUUAGAAGAUGUAUCCACGCUUUCCAUCCGGAAAUUCCUGGACAAAGUACUCGAAGAAAUUCGCGACAAUCAAAGGUAUGGCGAUAUUCGUAGAGAACUUAACGUGAACAAGGAUGACGUCAUGCCAUCUGAUGAGGUCAUCGCGGAGAAGCGAUUUUAUUCCAAUUGGUGAUCAAACAACAACAACAAAUAUUUAAGAAUCUUAUUUGUGAUAACAUUGGUGCAAAACAUUAUGACAUAAAAUAAUGAGCCGUUCCGCAAAAAGUUGUAUAAGUGACGUAUGUGGUGACGUAAGAAAAUAUAUGUAAAAAUAUUUCAUGUUGUAGGCCCCAUAUUGCUGUCAUGGAAAAAAACGAGGCUUACAAUUAGAUAAUACCAUUUUAAUUUCAACGAAAUAUACUAAGUAUACAAUGUCAUCAAUUUGAACAUGAUUUUGGUCACUAUAUGGGUGUUGUUGCUGAAGGGCCAAUUUUUGUUUAAUAAAUAUAUUGGGCACAUAUAGUGCUAAAAAAGCUUGAUAAAAGUAACAUAUUUAUCUAUUAACGAAUGUAGUGGAAAUUUGUAAUUAACUUGUGUCGUGUGUUGUUAUUGUAAAAUUGAUUUGUCUAAAAAUAUAUUAAUUUUUAAAUCAAUAUAAACAAGCACGUAGAAAGUACAAAUA